GGGGAGGCGGCGGCCGUCGAGGCCGGGCCUGGAGGCUCAGGACCUCCCUGAGCAGGAGGAGAAGGAGCCGCAAUGGCCCUGGCAAUGCCGGCCCCGCAGGUGAUACUUUGACCUUCCUGAAACUGUUUCUGAAUACUUUUUUAAUGGACAUCCCCGCUACCCUCAAACUGCCUGAGAUGGCAAGUCCGGCCAUCAGUCCAGACUCUUCUUCCCAUGAAGGACUCUCCUCCGUCAACUCCAUGCCUGCAUGCUCCCCCACGUCCGAUUCUGAGAAUCUGAGCCCAGAUGAGUUGGAGCUAUUGGCAAAGCUUGAAGAACAAAACAGGCUUCUAGAAGCAGAUUCCAAAUCCUUGCGCUCCAUGAAUGGCUCGCGAAGGAAUAGUGGGUCCUCUUUGGUCUCGAGCUCUUCUGCCUCAUCCAACUUGAGCCAUCUUGAGGAGGAUACCUGGAUCUUGUGGGGGAGGAUUGUAAAUGAAUGGGAAGAAUGGCGGAAAAAGAAGGAAAAACUGCUCAAGGAGCUCAUAAGGAAAGGAAUUCCCCAUCACUUCCGAGCCAUUGUUUGGCAACUUCUGUGCAGUGCCACUGACAUGCCAGUGAAGAAUCAGUAUUCAGAGUUGUUAAAGAUGUCUUCUCCUUGUGAAAAGCUGAUCAGGAGGGAUAUUGCCCGGACAUACCCAGAGCACGAGUUUUUUAAGGGACAGGACAGUCUGGGCCAAGAGGUCCUCUUCAAUGUUAUGAAGGCUUACUCUCUAGUAGACCGUGAGGUUGGGUACUGCCAAGGCAGUGCAUUCAUCGUUGGACUGCUCCUGAUGCAGAUGCCUGAAGAAGAGGCGUUCUGUGUGUUUGUACGUCUGAUGCAAGAGUACAGAUUACGGGAGCUGUUUAAACCCACUAUGGCUGAGCUAGGGCUCUGCAUCUACCAGUUUGAGUACAUGCUUCAGGAGCAGCUGCCUGAACUGAAUAUCCACUUCCGUUCUCAAAGCUUCCUUACCUCUAUGUAUGCAUCAUCCUGGUUUCUUACCCUCUUCCUUACCACCUUUCCUCUGCCUGUGGCCACUCGAGUAUUUGACAUCUUCAUGUACGAGGGAUUGGAAAUAGUCUUCCGUGUGGGGAUGGCUCUUCUGCAAUUCAACCAGGCUGAACUGAUGCAACUGGACAUGGAGGGGAUGUCACAGUAUUUCCAGAAGGUGAUUCCUCAUCAGUUUGAAAACUGUCCUGAUAAGCUGAUCUUUAAGGCUUACCAGGUCAAAUACAACCCUAAGAAAAUGAAACGACUAGAGAAGGAGUACACUGCAAUCAAAAACAGAGAGAUGGAAGAGCAGAUUGAAAUCAAGAGGCUCCGUUCUGAGAACCGUCUUUUGAAACAGCGAAUUGAGACCCUGGAGAAGGAGAGUGCUGCUUUGGCAGAUAGAUUGAUCCAGGGCCAAGUUACCCGCGCACAGGAGGCUGAAGAGAACUACAUCAUCAAGCGAGAACUGGCAGUGGUUAAGCAACAGUGCAGUUCAGCAACCGAGAAUUUGCAGAAGGCUCAAAGCACUAUUCGGCAAUUGCAGGAACAGCAGGGAAAUCCCCGCUACUCUGAGGAGUUUGUGAGUCAUCUGGAAACAGAGCUGGAACAGUCACGUUUGCGGGAGUCUGAGACCCUGAGUGCGCUUAAAGAGAUGCAGGACAAAGUGCUGGACAUGGAGAAGAAGAAUAGCUUGCUUCCGGAUGAAAACAAUGUGGCCCGCCUUCAGGAAGAGCUGAAGGCUAUGAAAGUGCGGGAGUCUGAGGCUAUGAAAUCCUUUCGGGAACUGCAGCAGCAGGUGAAGGAGCUCAACGACAAUUGGCAGGCCCACCUGAGCCGGACAGGCGGGCGAUGGAAGGACUCUCCUCGCAAGAACACGAUGAAUGACCUCCAAGACGAAUUGAUGAGCCUCCGUCUGCGUGAGACACAGGCCCAAGCUGAAGUCCGUGAACUGCGUCAGAGGGUGGUGGAACUUGAAACCCAGGAUCAGAUCCACAGCAACCAUUUAAACCGGAUGGAGCAGGAGUGUGCUGGGCUGCACGAAAAGGUCCAGUACCUUACGGCCCAGAACAAGGGGCUGCAGACCCAGCUGAGUGAGACCAAGCGCAAGCAUGCUGAAUCCGAGUGCAAGAGCAAAGAAGAGGUGAUGGCUGUGCGCCUGCGAGAAGCCGACAGCAUGGCUGCAGUGGCAGAGAUGCGGCAGCGGAUUGCUGAGCUGGAGAUCCAGAGGGAAGAAGGGAUGAUUCAGGGCCAGCUCAACAACUCCGACUCCUCCCAGUACAUCCGUGAACUCAAGGAUCAGAUUGAUGAGCUCAAGGCAGAGCUGCCUAUUUCUGUGCAGGGCCUCCAGCUGGAGAACAGACAUAAGCGACUGGGGCUUACAAAACUGCUGAUUUCCUCAGGAGCUGAUAGAGAUCAGAAGUCAGCUUUUAAGAUUCGGCUGAUGAAGGGACAGAAGCCUUUUGAGGACUCCAUGGGCUUUGACGGCAUCCACAUUGUGAGUCACCUGGCGGUGGAUGACGACUCGCUGCACUCUUCCGACGAGGAGCUGCUGACCAGCCCCAUGGUGGUAGGUGCCCUGCAGGAUGUCUUGUAUCCGCUGUCGCCCCACAACACGCACUUUCUACGGGGGGCCGAGAGCUCCGGCAAGGAGAGCGACGGCACCACGGAUAGCGAUGCGGACGACCCUGCCUCUGCCACCGAGCCCAAUGGCGAGAUCAUCUUCGAAGAAGCCCUGAGCAAAUGAGGAAGUGGUGCUGCCGUCCCAAGUCUGUCUGGAAGGCACCAGGUCCCUCUGGCCACGCUGUACUGAGGGUGUGGAGGUCAUAGACAGAUCACGCAAGGCGGAGCGGAGGGCCCCCUUACCCAGUGAAUACCGUGCCCCCGAGAUGGCAUGGGGGACGGACAGUCCUACAGCUGGCCUGCAUUACAUGGGCCACCUCCGUUGAUCAUUGUCUGCACUGCCUUUUUUUCCAGCUCUAUUGUCACUGGUAGUUCAAAUCCAUGUAUUGACCUCAUUCACACACCCCACCCUCCCACCCACCAUUUUCACACCUUUUUUUCCCCUUUUUUAAAAAAACUUCCUCCUUACACACAAAGGUUUGCACACUUGAGAACUUAGAAGGGACAGCAGAAGCAACCAGGCCGCUGGUUUUAUAAAAUGCAGUCCAGUAGUAAUGAACCUCUGUCUCCUUGCUGUGCUUGGAGAGAUGAGAGGGGUCUGUCUUCCUUUUAUUUAUAUGCGAUCCCCUACCCUGCUGUUCUGCAGAGAGGUAAGAAGGUUGGAUGCCUCCACACUCGUUUGUGGUUUUCAGCCCAGGAAAGGAUGGGUGGAUAGAGAGAGUGCUUCUGAAGAGGUGGCUUGGAUCGAGAGAGAGAGAUUUUAUUUUUGUUUCUGUGUAUAUUAUUUAUUUAUACUGUGCAAUGCCAAUCCGUCUCCCUUAGAGGAGGCUUGGCAUAAAGCUUUAAGUUUAAUUAUCUUGAGGGCUUUUAAGGAGCAGCCAGAACUGCUUUUGUAGCUAAAGGUAUGACAUCUUUUCUAUUUAAUUGUGGUAAGGGAAGGGUUCCCCUUGGCAACUUCUGUGUCUCACUUUGCCUGAAGUUCUGUUCUGCUGCAACCAUUACAGGAGUUUAGGCGUUGCCUUAAUCCAUAUGGUCAGUGACAGUUCCUCCGGAAUUCCCUGCCUGGAAUUGUGUGAGCUGAUGCAGUAUUCUUUCUCAAUUCCACCUUUAUGGCUAUCUUUUCAAACAUUGGUUCUUGCAAAGUUUCUACCAAUGCCUGGCUUGCUUCAGGGGGGUGGCAGUCCAUCAAAGCACCCAAACCCUAGGAGUUUUUUUUAAGGAACGAAGGGUCCAUUAUUGGACUUUUAGUCUGUUCAUGAUUUACAAGGCCAGUGCAAGUGGCUGAAUUUUUAGGCACCUGAGAGAAUUGCCUGAAGAGUAUUUUCUUCUUGACAAACAAAGAGAUGAGAAUUUUGGGCUGCUUGGACAUCAGGUUCUGCCCUUUUUAAAAAAAUUCUUUUUUUAUUUUAGUGAAAAUGCACAGACUCUUGUAGUGGAACUACAUAAGAAGCAAACAUGAGGCUCCAAGCUCACUGUUUGCCUCCUAACACUAUCGGGUUGGGGAUGGGCGGGUUGCAGGGGAGAUCAAGUGGGAGGUGUGUGCUUAACCCUAUGUGCCCCUUCCACUCCUGCCUCUGCACGUAUGUGAACCUUCAGACAGGCUUGUAUCAUGUGUAGCUCUGCUCCACAGAAGCAGACCUCUGUUUGGGGUAGUGGGGGAGAAACAUUGAUUUCUCAACAAGAACGCUUGCCAUGGCCAAUGCUGACAUAGCCACACCAGCUAGAGGUAACCCGUGGAGCAAUGCUUUGGGAAGCGGCAUGGUGCUGAUUUGGUCCAGCCAAAAAUCACUCUGUAUUUGCAAUUCAUGGUCCUUCUCUUUGUUUUCAACACGGGGAGGAAGCCUGAUAAUUGGCUCCUUCCCCUCUUAACAAUAGAGUCCAAGAUUAAAAUCAGCAAGGCCUCUCUCGUGUCACACUUUCUUUCCACUGGUGACGGAGAGAUCUCAAGGACGUGCUGGUGUGCGAAAUGUAUUGUGUCUUGCAAGGUGUCUGAAUAAAGGCAUUGUUGCAAAUGAAGGUGGAGACCAGCUGGUGUUAGGAGGGGUUCCACAGAAGGUCUGUGAAGGAGGCGGUGAAGGAUGCCGAAUUCUGAAGAUGUAGGAUUUCCACCCUGCUGAGGAGGUAGGCAGCUUCAUUAGGCAACAUCCCUGGUUAUAGAGAAUGUACCAGAUAGUUCCUAAACUGUGGGAUGCUUCUGUUUUUAGGGAAGGAGAAGCAUUUGUUGUCAUGGGCAUACUUUUCAUCUGUUUCCUUAUACCAAGCUUGUACAAAUUUAUGCUCCAUUUGUUUUUGCCUAAUUUCUAAAACCUGCAACAAUAAAUCUAAUGAAGGUUCAGGAUGAGAUGCAUGGGCCUCUCUUUCUGAAAGAGGUCUCCAUGAUUUUUCACUUGGCAUGGAUUUGCAAUACAUUUGGUCCAUAGUUGAAGGAAGAGUUCCUUUGGUUUUCUCCCCAAAUUUUAUGCUGCAUGCCUCUUAGCUACAGGCAAGCCUUGUUGGUCAUUUUACCUCCCCAACUCUGGAUUCCUCUAGUGAGGUUAACCCAGCAUUUACCCUGCAGAAGCAGGACGACAAACCUGCACCCAGCCUGUCACAUGGGUGGCCCUGAAGUAUUAUGUAUGUACUUAUAUGAAUAUGCCUGGGGGAAAGGCUCCAGUUUGGUAUAACCUUGCAUAUUUUAAUAGAUGUAUUCUAUAUAUACAUGCUGCACCGUAUUGCCAAAUCUCUGUGGUUUUCUGUACCAUUUUUCAGUCUCCCCUCAACCCCACCCCCUCAAUCCAGCAGCAUAGUAUGUGGUCCAAACAAGAGUUCAGCCCAAACUGUUGCUUUGAUCUCCUUGUGUCAGUCUGAUUUCAUUUAUUUGCUAGCAGUGGGCACAUGUUUGCAGUUUUGGAUGGCUUGUGAAACUGUUUGCCAGUUUGUGCAUCAUAGUUCCUAGCAAUUGUUGUUGAUACUUGUUUGUGUAGUGCUACCCGAAUGCUCGCUGCCUCCAAGGCUACAUGUUAGGAAGAUCAUUAAUCGCUGCUGUUUCUAAAUCUGGAGUAAAACCCCGUUGACUUUAGUGUUUCAGAUUUACAUUGGAGUAAAUGGGAGAAUAUUUUUGUUAGAAUCGAAUCCAAGCGGCUUCUUUGGCCUGUUUUUGUCAGGGUUUGGGAUUUGUUUUGCAUAUGAAAUUCACUUGGAUGUGCAGGCCUUACUUUUAAGUUUGUUCUAGCAUGACUGUCCCUGAAGUGACAUUGGUAAUACUACAUUAAUUAUUCACCUUUCUGUCACCCCUGUUGCAGUGGUUUCUAGACUAUGGCUGUAGAACAGGGCCAUAUGUUUUGCCAAAAGUUGCUACAUAGUUGAUUACUCCGACUUCUGCUUUACCUGCAAAACACACUAAAAGGAAAUUUGCGUUUUCCCUUCCAUAUUGUAAAAGAAAUCACAGUGUGCUCAAAAUAAGUGGUUUCUCCCAGAGUUGUCUGAUCUCUCAGACUAGAUCCAUGCAACAACAGGAGAGUAAGGGACGAGCACUCCGGCAAGGAAUAUUUAUUUAUAUCCUUUUGAUGCUCAGAGCGAGCAACAUACAACCAUAUGAUGAAAUAAUUAUUUUGAAUAACAUGCAGUAAAGCUCUUAAAACAGUAGUUUAUUCCUAAUUAAAGCCUAAUUUGACUCCUUGGUACCAUGGAAGAAUGACAAGCAUUAAGGGCAAGGGCAAUUCUAACUUUGCUAUGAUUUGUGACUGAGCACAAGGGACUCGAUCCACUGCUUCAAGCUGAUGCAGCCUGUUUCUCCCCACUGAGUUUGGCUAAUUGCUAGGUGAGGAUAAUCCCCAGUGAGCUGAAUAACAUUAGGUCAUGUAGCUGAUUUUUUU